UGAGGUGUCGCGCGCUGAGGCGGUUCCGGUGUGGGAGCGGCCCGGGCUGGGGGCUGAGGCGGGGUCGGGCCCGGCCGAGGCCAUGCUGUGCACAGCUCUGGUCAUGGCUGGCAGCCUGGCUCUCACCACAGCCGUGGUUGCCCAUGCCUACUACCUGAAGCACCAGUUCUACCCCACCGUGGUGUACCUGACCAAAUCCAGCCCCAGCAUGGCCGUGCUGUACAUCCAGGCCUUUGUGCUCGUGUUCCUGCUGGGCAAGUUCAUGGGCAAGGUUUUCUUCGGGCAGCUGCGAGCGGCUGAGAUGGAGCACCUCCUGGAGCGCUCCUGGUACGCAGUGACCGAGACCUGCUUGGCCUUCACCGUCUUCAGGGACGACUUCAGCCCGCGCUUCGUGGCCCUCUUCACCCUCCUCCUCUUCCUCAAGUGCUUCCACUGGCUGGCCGAGGACAGGGUGGAUUUUAUGGAGAGGAGCCCGAACAUCUCGUGGCUCUUCCACUUCAGGAUCGUCUCCCUGAUGCUCCUGCUGGGGAUCCUGGACCUGCUGUUCGUGAGCCACGCGUACCACAGCAUCCUGAGCCGCGGCGCCUCCGUGCAGCUCGUCUUCGGCUUCGAGUACGCCAUCCUGCUGACCAUGGUGCUCACCAUCUUCAUCAAGUACGUGCUGCACUCCAUCGACCUGCAGAACGAGAACCCCUGGGACAACAAGGCCGUGUUCAUGUUGUACACCGAGCUGCUCACGGGGCUGAUCAAGGUGCUGCUCUACAUGGCCUUCAUGACCAUCAUGAUCAAGGUUCACACCUUCCCGCUCUUCGCCAUCCGCCCCAUGUACCUGGCCAUGAGGCAGUUCAAGAAGGCCGUGACCGACGCCAUCAUGUCCCGCCGGGCCAUCCGCAACAUGAACACGCUGUACCCCGACGCCACGGCCGAGGAGCUGCAGGCCAUGGACAACGUUUGCAUCAUCUGCCGCGAGGAGAUGGUGACAGGGGCCAAGCGCCUGCCCUGCAACCACAUCUUCCACACCAGCUGCCUGCGCUCGUGGUUCCAGCGGCAGCAGACGUGCCCCACGUGCCGCAUGGACGUGCUGAGAGCCUCGGCACCGGCACCGGCACCGGCCGAGCCCGCGGCACCGGGAGCGGCACCGGGAGCGGGACCCGCCCCGGGAGCGGCACCGGGAGCGGCACCGGCGGGGCCACAGCCACAGAACUUUCCCCAGGGGCUCCUCCCUCCCUUCCCCCCGGGGCUGUUCCCGUUCUGGCCCCCCCUGGGGCCCUUCCCUCCCCCCGUGCCCGGGGUCCAGGGGGUCCAGGCCCCGGCCGGAGCCGAGGGCUCGGCUGGAACUGCUGCAGGUUCCCGUGCCGGUGAUGCCGGUGCCGGUUCCAGUUCCGGUGCCAGUUCCGGUUCCGGUCCCAGUUCCGGUUCCGGUUCCGGUUCGGUGCCGGAGCCGGGCGGUGCCGGGGCCGUGCCGGGGCUGCCGCUGCCGCCGCCCUGGGUGGGGAUGGCCUGGCCACCCCUGUUCGGCGUGCCCCCCAUGCCGGUGCCCCCCGCCGGCUUUGCCGGGCUCACCGAGGACGAGCUGCGGGCGCUGGAGGGGCACGAGCGGCAGCACCUGGAGGCGCGGCUGCAGUGCCUGCACAACAUCCACACGCUGCUGGACGCCGCCAUGCUGCAGAUCAACCAGUACCUGGGCGUGCUGGGCUCACUGGGGACCCCCCGAGCCGCCCCCCGGCCGCCCCCGUCCCGUGAGACCCCCCCGGAGGAGCCCCCGGCCCCGGGAGCCUCGGGAGCCACCGAGCCGCUGCCCCCCGAGGAUGAGGAGGACGCGGCCGAAGGCCCCGAAGGCCCCGAGGGCCCCGACACGGCCGAGCUGCGGCGGCGGCGCCUGCAGAGGCUGGGGACCCCCCCCCACUGACU